UGUAAAACUCCGGAAUAGUUUUGCAUUUUUUGUUGGCCAACCAGACGUUUCCCUGCGGACCAACAUGACAGCGUGACGCCUGAAAAAAGUGUUCCCAUGGAUGAUCUUACCCGAGCUCUCUCGACCAGCUUUGCUGUGUCCCAGGAGCCCAACAGCACCGCCGCCCCCCAUCCUCGGCUCAGUCAGUACAAGAGCAAGUACAGCGUUCUGGAGCAGAGUGAGCGCCGGCGGCGCUUUCUUGACUUUCAAAAAAGUAAAAGAUUAAACUAUGUCAACCAUGCGCGGCGCUUGGCCAGCGGGGACUGGACCGGAGCAGACAGCGAUGGAGAGGAAGACAUGGACAAACAAGAUGAAGGCGAGCAGAACAAGGGGGGUGAGACAGAAGAUGAGGGCAUGGAGAUCGAGAAGAGGAAGCUGCCAAAGCAUUAUGCAAAUCAGCUCAUGCUGUCGGAGUGGCUGGUGGACGUACCGUCGGAGUUGGACACAGAUUGGCUGUUGGUGGUCUGUCCUGUCGGGAAGAGAUCUCUCAUUGUUGCCUCCAAGGGGUCCACUGCAGCGUACACCAAAAGCGGCUACUGUGUGAACCGCUUCCCCUCCCUGCUGCCGGGUGGGAACAGACACAACUCCGCCAUGGGAAAAGAUUAUACCAUCUUGGACUGCAUUUACAGCGAGGUGGACAGAACCUACUACAUCCUGGAUGUCAUGUGCUGGAGAGGCCAUCCGGUCUACGACUGCCCGACAGAGUUCCGGUUCUUUUGGCUCCAGUCUAAAGUCCAGGAGACGGAGGGGCUGUCAGAGACUGCCAAACGUAAUCCUUUCCGCUUUGUGAGUCUACAAAGUUCUGACUGCACGGCAGCGUCCAUUCAGAAAGCUUUGGCUGCAGAAUACAGCUUUAGUGUGGACGGACUUCUCUUCUAUCACCGACAGACUCACUACACACCCGGCAGCACGCCUUUGGUCGGCUGGCUCCGCCCUUACAUGGUGGCAGACAUCCUGGGCGUGGCGGUUCCCGAAGGACCCCUCACCACCAAACCAGAAUACGCCAACCAUCAGCUGCAACAGAUCCUACAACACAAGAAGCCCUCCAGCGAGGUCCGGCCCGCCGACCAGAGCGGAGGCUACGAGUUAGAGUACCUGUCCACUCCUCAGCUGGACAGCGAGAAGACUCUGAGCCUCGCGGGGCAGAAACCGAUACGAGAAGCAACCAUGGAGGUCUGAGCAAGAAGAUUUAUGGAAGCUUCUGUGGAUUUGUCUAAUGCAAAGCAUGAGUAACUCCAUGUAAAUGCAUUUGAAUGUCUAGAAUAUUCACACAAGACACACAAUCUGGCCUUUCUCUACACAUAGAUGACCUAAUCCAGAAGACCUGAACAUUAUUGCAGAAGUUUUUUAUUUUUGUAUCAAUUAUUCCUCCACAAAAGUUUAUUUUAUCAGUUCUGGUAUCGGAGGUACCUGCCUGGUACCUGUCAGAGUGACCACUACCUAGUCAAUUAUUACAUUAAAUGUUGCUUUUCAAAUUGUUUUUUUUGUUUUAAACUUUUCUAAUAAAGUUUUUUUUCCCAAA